AAAACGUUACUUAUUAUCAACCAUUUUGCCACCGUAUUCUCUAUCUCUUUUGGUCUAAAAAAAAAGACAAGUCCCUAAAAAAUCAAAAUCAAUGCGUAUGACAGAAAGACAGUACGAACCCAUUUCCCGCGUUUCUCCCGACCUUCCAGUUUGUUUCGUAGACUCAAAAGUCUUAUAAAUAUAUCAACCAUACUAUCCAUAAAACGUCAGAAGACUCGCAACCUCAAAAACCAAAUAGUUUUAAAAAAAAAACAAUCCAAGGAAUAUGAAAAGCGCGGUAAAAAAACUACUAUGUUGCGGAGCUAAGAGCUUUCCCCACAGAGCGAGAUUACCAGAGGAAGGACGAGUCCGCGUAUAUGUCGGAAACUACAGAGAUACGCAAUGCAAGCUAGAGAUGGAUGCUGAUUUCCUGACCCACCCUUUGUUCGAGGAACUCCUCCGGUUUUCAGAAGAAGAGUUCGGUUACUCAUACGAUGGCGCUUUGAGGAUCGCCUGCGAGAUCAAUGCGUUCAUCGACAUGAUCAAUUUCCUCAAGUCCACAACUCAUCUCCUAUUAUAAUAACAACACUGGUUUUUGAAGAUAAUAUCUUCUUCUAAUAUUUUCUUUUAUUAUUGGGGAGUAAAUGCCAGUGAGAAAUGUAGGCAUGUGGAUUUCAUCUCGAUCUCAAUUAUUUUUGAAAAAAAGACAAAAAUAGUACUAAAUCAAGUUUUUGUUCUCAAAUUAGCACUCAAAGUCAAAAG